CAGGAAUCGACUCGUUUUGCUCGACUCCGCGAGUCACCGCGUUCUAGCAGAUUUGACCCGCUUUCAGGAUCACUGAGACACAACGGACCUCACGCGACACCGAUGUAGUAGUCGUCAUCUCGCCCCCUACCUCAUACACUUGGGAGCGACGACAGGUAGACAGACUUCCCUUGGUUUCGCUUUGUUGCUGUGACGGUUGAGAGUCGAAGCGUGAAGAUUUUCUGGGUUUGUGACUGAUGGGACGUGAGGAUGACGGAGGAAGGGGAAUCUUGCUCGGUGAACUCGCAGUUCGCCGUCUCUGUUCUCGACCAGCUGAAGUUGUUCUACGAGGAGAAAUUACUAACUGACAUCACGCUGCUGGUGGAGGACCAUGAGUUCCACUGCCAUAAGAUCAUCCUGGCCACGUGCAGCUCUUAUUUCAGGGCGAUGUUCAUGAGUGGACUGAGCGAGAGCAAACAGUCACACGUCCACUUGAGGAACGUGGAUCCCAUAACACUGCAGACCAUCAUUGCAUAUGCUUAUACGGGAAACCUGGAAAUUACACACAGUACAGUGGAGUUACUGUAUGAAACGGCUUGUUUUCUACAGGUGGACGGCGUGGUAUGCGCUUGCCGGGACUUUCUCCUGCGCUCACUCUCGGUGGAUAACUGCGUGCGUAUACUAAGUCUGGCCGACGCGUUCGGCUGUGCCGAGCUGAAGCGCAGUGCCCAGCGCGUAGUGGAACUGAACUUUCGACACGUGUGUCGGGGCGAGGCCUUCCUGCAGCUCUCUCACACUCUGCUGCUGGAACUGCUGGGCAGCGACGCGCUGGACGUAGAGCGCGAGGAGACCGUGCGACAGGCAGCCGCGCUGUGGCUCGAGCACGACGCCGCGCACCGAGAGCGCCACCUGUCGGCCGUGCUUAGCCUCGUGCGCGUCGACGCCUUGGCCGAGAUCACGCAGCGCGCCUGGUUCCGCGGCUUGCCGCAAAACCACAAGUCCAUCGUGAUCCAGGGACUGUACAAAUCCAUGCCCAAGUUCUUUAAGCCGCGAUUAGGCAUGACGAAAGAGGAAAUGCUCAUUUUUCUAGACACCGACUCGGCAAGCGAUUAUAACAAUCACGACUUACACCGUCCUCCUAGCGAGUUUAACAAUCUGCAUUUGCGCCGCUCGCCUAGCAACGACAACGAUUUGCCUUUACAUCACUUGCCCAGCAGUAACGAUGAUUCCCAGCGCUCCAUCACAUGCUACAGCCCCCAAGCUGAAAAAGUCUACAAGCUGACUAGCCCUCCAGAUGACCUGCGCAGGUUCGGGAUCCUCGUCACGCCUGAGAACGAUGUGUUUGUUGCCGGAGGUGAACAGCCGGUCAAGAAUGGCAAAUGGAAGGCAGUGCAGAGUUUCUAUUGGUUGGAUGCACAGCAGAACGCAUGGGUGGCGAAAGCAGCCAUGUUGAGCGCACGCACACGCCCCACGCUCGUCUUCUGCCACGGGUUCGUCUACGCCAUCGGAGGAGGUGGCGGCGGCGGCGGCUACGACGACAUGGGUGGAAGCCAUGAUGACGAUGUCACGAUGGAGCGUUACGAUCGCAGUCGAGACGAAUGGAGCGCAACAAGCCCGAUGCCAACUCAUAGCUCUUUGAGGCAGAACAACAUGGCGGCCGUAGCUGUUAACGACCGUGUUUACGUGGUUAUCCGCGACGCUAUGUUUUGCUACUCGCCACGUAACGACGUCUGGACAGAAAUAACGGCGCAGAGGAGGAGAAUCUGUUUAGGCUCCGCCUGCUUUUUUUCAGGCACCGCCACCGCUGCUGUUCUCGGUGACCUCAUAUUCUACGUCAGCGGAGGAGGAGGAGACAGCGCGGCCGAGAUUUAUGAUACGAGUCGGGACGAGUGGCGCACGAUUUCCGCGGUGCCCGUCCCUGACGUCGACGGUGCAGCUGUAUCGGAGGUGUGCGUGCGGGCGGUGGUUCUACUCGAUACGUUGUGCGUGUUCAUGCGCGAACGUCACGGAGACUACGCGCUAAUACGUUACGAUGUGACGCGAGAGCGCUGGCUCCGCCCCCAGCCAAUUCCCCGCCGUGCCCUAGGCCGCCUCAGCAGUCGCUUCCGCCUUGCCGUCGCCAAGCUCUACCCGUCCUGCCUCACCGAGUUGCCCUGGAAACCACCAGCAUGCCCAUUCCCCCCUGACGACGAGGAAGAGUUUAGCACGGACGGAGAAACCCUAGAGCUACCAGAUUUAUAAAGAAACGGCGGCCGGCCAUUUUAAAACCCGGACAGAGAGACUGCUCCAAACGGCGGCCGUCUUCAAUCCGAGCGUAGAGGCGUGUCCAGUAACGGUAUCCGUUUUGAAACGUUUGGAUGUUUACCUUUUUAAGUAAAGGCUGGGUGUUUCAAAUCAGAGCCAUUAACGACGUGCAAGGUAAUCAGUGCGCAGCCGUCCUAGCGAUAAAAGAUAGCCCAGGUGUUUUAAACGCACAGUGAUCUGCGUUCUGUUAGAAUCCCAGGUGGACCGUUUAACCAGGAAGCAGUACUCAUGGCAUCAAUCUUUAUUUCGCACCCCGUGGUGUUUAACUUAUUUGUGAGGUGAAGAGAAACGGUAACAAACAUCCAACAUGGCCGGGAUUUGUAGCAUCAAAGCAUAUAGUGUUUUUGUUCAACAGGUUUGCUGGGGGGACACAUAGGGAAAAUAAUAAUCAUCCGAGGUAGCAAACGGCUGGAGGAUCGUUGUGCAGCGAGCGACGGCCAUCUUGAAUCCACGGAAAGACUAUGACGUGCGCGUACAGAGAAUGUUCCGGAUUUAAACCGUCCGUUAACAUUAGAGGAACUGUAAAAAGAAAAAGUCACGACUUUGAGACUUUACCGUGGAACCGGGUGUCCGCCGGGACGCCCCCCCCACACCUGUGAUGUCACCACUGACCAUGUGUACAUGACGAUGUAAUCGAUGGUGUUGAGCCGAGCUCAUCGUCGCUCCACAGACUGAUUUCUACUGUUCAUUAAUGCGUCGUUACUAUUUCUCCUUUCUCAAUGGUUCUGAUGAUGAUGAUGAUGAUGAUGCACUUGCUUUCAAAUCUUCCA